GACCGCUCCUUCCCCCGGCGCUUCCGCAAGCUCCACCCCCCGCCCCUCCUCGGCUUCCUCGACCCCGAGCGGCACCGCUUCCACCCCGCCGUCCCGCCUCACCCCUCCGCGCCCGCGGCCAGGGCCGUCGCCAGCGCCGCCGACUUCUCCUUCGAUUUCCUUCUCCUUCGGCUUCCUCCCCUCCCCCUCCCGGCGCUGGUUCGUGCGGGAAGUCCGUGACGGCCGCGUGCUCCUCGACAGACCCCGCCGCCUCUACGCCGGUGAGGUGUUCGGACCUCUCUUCAAGGAGAUGGCUGUGUGCGACCCCUUGCACCGGCAGUACCUCUUGCUUCCUCGGAUCCCCGAUGACCUAGCCGCUUCUGUUGUGGGCGCACAAGGGUCGUGCUACGCCGACUCCUUCCUCGUCCCUUCCGGCUACGACGACGAGGAGGAGGCAGCUACUACGGAGGAGCCAUCAUUCAGGGUGAUCUGGAUGGUGCUGCUCCAAAACAAGCCGGUGAUCGCUGUCUUCUCUUCCGGCACACGGCAAUGGCGAACCGUCCCAUCACCGACUUGGAGCGAGAUGUCACCUGGCUUCGUGUUAUCGACACUGUUUAUCUUCCUCAGGCGCCAUUACGCCCAUGGCUGUUUCUACUGGAUUUCAGGCUCCACUGAAAAAUUGCUGGUGCUCGACAUCCGCAGGAUGGAGCUGUCCGUGGCUGACCACCCGCCCUGUGAAAGAAAUCCGGCUGAUGAUGUGACCAUCCUGGAGGCAGGUCAAGGCACAACUCUGAUGUUUGUGCUUAAGCGCAGCACAUCCCCCGUUACUUAUACUGUUUGGCGAAACAAUGGUGGGAGCUCCACCUCCACCCGGUGGCAGAUGGAGAAGACAUUCUCGCUGGAUUCUGGGUCCUUGCUCACAGGUGCAGUGGGGAGGCACUUGCUCCUAUAUCAUGGCGGAAGCUCGGUCAAGCGAGGUUGUUCCACGCAGGACGUUGACACAUUCCAGCUUCAGAGGGUGUGUGCCACAUUUCCCAAACCGUCACACGCAUAUUGCAACUUCCCGCCGUCGUUAUUAUCGUCACCGACAAUGUCAAGUGGCACACCCCAGGGAGCGGGGGACACUGUGCCGGUGCCUGAAGCAGGAGUAGCUGGCCCUGGAGGUGUGCAAGGACCCGUCCUCGCAUCCGCCGCCCAAGCCCCAAACCCCUUGCUCGACAACAAUGGCGCGGAGGCGGGUCAUGGUGGGGCGAGAAGGAGGCGCUGGGGCUGGGUCUGGGGCUGGACCUGCGGAGUCUGCAGGCGCCGGGUAGCCGAGGUGCGAGGAGACGAAGGACUGGAGUAGUAGUAGUAGUGCCAAGGCGUCCAUAAUGUGCCACACCCCAUGCUGACAUCCAGGAAGCGGAGGACAUUGUGCCGGUGCCUGAACCACGAGAAGCUGGCCCUGAAGGCGUGAUCUUGUGCAAUGCAGGCACACCACAGGGAGCGGGGGACACUGUGCUGGUGCCUGAAGCACGAGAAGCUGGCCCUGGAGGCAUGCAAGGACCCGUCCUCGCAUCCGCCGCCCAAGCCCCAAAACCCUCGUUCGACAACAAUGGCGUGGAGGCGGGUCGUGGUGGGGCGAGAAGAUGGCGCUGGGGCUGGGGCUGGACCUGCGGAGUCUGUAGGGGGCAGGUAGCCGAGGUGUGAGGAGACGAAGGACCGGAGUAGUAGUGCCAAGGCGUCCAGAAUGUGGUAGGCUGCUAGCUAGAUGGUGACAUGGAGUGGCCUGAUGAUCCUUUUGUAAAGCUUAUUUGCUUGAUUUGUGUGGUGAUGGCCGUUGGGUACGAGCGAGGCACACGAGCAAGAGUGGCAGCUGUUCUGCUGGGAUUGCAAAGCUUUCGCCGUUGCGGCGUUGCGGGAUAUGACUGAUCGACGGUGCAGUUCAUCUUCUGUCGGCAAACCCAUCAUUACCUGGCAACAGGUGAUGCAUUGCCGAUUUUGUUGUGGACAGGGCUGGACUUGGUGUUAGGAAGUAACCGACAGUAGCAUGAACUUCAUCUUCAUGAACUGCAAGAGCACUCAGGCAUGCUCUUCAGGCAAUGGCGCGUGAUCGUCAUAGCGCUCUGUGAUCAUCUGCUUGUUCGCCGGACAUGUUGAGCAUACGAGGAACAUAUGAAUUAAAACAGGUUAGCUGUAGAACCCAAGUCGAUGUGUUUCUCUUUAGGUUCCAUUGCUUCAGAGUUCAGACCUCUGCACCAAGUAGCCCAAUGGAAGUUGAAGUGAAGGAGGGUAUGCUCCCGUGUUUCUAGAGUUGUUUUCACUGGGAAAUCUCAUCAUCUGGUUGUUGUUUGUAGUUCUCAUCUAGGCGUCCUCCCUGUUGACUCGCAAAGACACGAGCAUGGGCAUAUAUCGCUGUCAGGGCAUCGGACUGAUGACAUGCAGAGACGGAACGAGAAACGAUCCUCUAGUAGGUCCUCUAGUAGUAGGUUUUUUGGUCCAGUACUGAAAGCCUGAAACGGCCAUUGCAUAAAGAGGAUGCUAGUUUUCGCGUGGCACCACGAGAUGAUAUCACACAUG